UACUGCAUUUUUAUAAUGAUUAAUACCAAAAUUGCUCGGUUUUACGUGGCUCUGUAUGGAAUUUUGGCGUUGAAUAGUGUAAAUUCAGAAUGUGAAGUAAAAGAUUUAGUAAGCCAAUGUGGUGGAUUCUGCUUCAGAGCGAUAUGGCCGAUACUGGAUCAUAUUUCCUACCACCAUGGAUCAGGAUCGAGUCUAAGCGAUGUAAAUCGUCAGGACUCACAAUUAAAGCUGGACGAUAUUGGAAGACAAUUGGCUGCCCAACACCAGAUUCAGUCCAGUCUGGCUUCAUCGCAAGGCGAAGCCAAGAAGAUCAUCCCAAAGAACUUUGAGAAGAUCGGCACGGGCUUCUAUUAUAUUGAACAGAACCAAAAGCUUAAUUGGUUCGCUGCUGGAGAUUUUUGUCGUCGGAAGGGAGCUCAUCUGGUCAGUUUCAGUAAUAUCACUGAAUUUAACGAUGUUUCUGCGAAAACCAUCAACACAAAUGAUUACUGGCUGGAUAUAAACAAUUUGGGCAAUAAGGGGGAGUACAUAUCCUCGACCACCGGAAAUAUAGCAAGUUUUUUAAAGUGGCAAUCGUCGGAACCAAGUGGCGGUUCCAACGAUCACUGUGUUCUCUUCUACAAUUAUGAAAUAGCGAUAUGGCCGAUACUGGAUCAUAUUUCCUACCACCAUGGAUCAGGAUCGAGUCUAAGCGAUGUAAAUCGUCAGGACUCACAAUUAAAGCUGGACGAUAUUGGAAGACAAUUGGCUGCCCAACACCAGAUUCAGUCCAGUCUGGCUUCAUCGCAAGGCGAAGCCAAGAAGAUCAUCCCAAAGAACUUUGAGAAGAUCGGCUCGGGCUUCUAUUAUAUUGAACAGAACCAAAAGCUUAAUUGGUUCGCUGCUGGAGAUUUUUGUCGUCGGAACGGAGCUCAUCUGGUCAGUUUCAGUAAUAUCACUGAAUUUAACGACGUUUCUGCGAAAGUCAUCAACACAAAUGAAUACUGGCUGGAUAUAAACAAUUUGGGCAAUAAGGGGGAGUACAUAUCCUCGACCACCGGAAACAUAGCAAGCUUUUUAAAGUGGCAUUGGUCGGAACCAAGUGGCGGUUCCUCCAAUAACUGUGUUCUCUUCUGGAAUUCAGUAAUGUAUGAUAGAACCUGUGAGCAGUUAACUUUAUUCGUUUGUGAAAUAGAUGUGUAA